AGAAGGGAAAAGAAAGAAGUGAGUGAGGGAAGAUUAUGAAGGAGGUCUGGGGUCUGGGAUGUGGCCAGCGUUUGAAGAAGGGGAAUGUGUCAGACAGAUUGCAUAUCUCACCAGCUGUCUCCAUGGCUCUCCUGCACCGUGCCGUGUUGGUGCUGCUGUGUGUUUUUCGCUCUGCCUCGGCCACUGUCAUAGAUGACAUGGACUUCGGAGGUGUUCCUCUGUGGAUUAACCGCCUGCUUGGUGAGCCCAGUGUGCUCAGCCUGCAGGGUCGGAUGGACCCAGCCUGGUUCCGAGCUAACAAUCCGCAGGCCUGCCCUCAGCAAUGUGACUGCCCCAUCCAUUGGCCCACAGCACUGUACUGUGACCACAGAGGCUUGGCAGACAUCCCUGACAGCCUGCCGGACAGAACUCAAUACCUGUUUCUACAGGGCAACAUCAUCUCGUCCCUGUCCUCCUCUGUCCUGGCCAACAUUACUGGGCUGCGCUGGCUCAUCCUGGACCACAACCAGCUGCAGAGCGACAAGCUGGACCAGGCCAUCCUGCAGAACCAGACCCGGCUGUGCUACUUGUUUGCCAACCACAACCACCUGAGUUCAGUGCCCAGUAUGCUACCAGAAGGACUCAAGCAGCUUAGACUGGCCCACAAUCAAAUCAGCAGCAUCAGCCCUGGAGCUUUCCAGAACCUGCACAACCUGACGCUGCUGCUGCUGCAGGGAAACAGACUGCAAACCAUCACAGAGGGAGACCUCAAAGGUCUGGUCAGUUUGAAUUUGUUGGACCUCAGGGGGAAUUUGUUCUCAUCUGUCCCCAGACAUUUACCUCCUUCUGUCCAGCAGCUGUAUCUGUCCAAUAACUCUCUCUCUGGUCUGGAUAAGGACAGUUUUGUGGGGCUCCUCAAUCUUAAGUACCUCCGUCUAAGUCGCUGUGGUUUGCAGAGCAGUGGCGUCCACUCACUGGUCUUCAACUUCUCCAGCUUGUUGGAAUUGGACCUUUCUUAUAACAAACUUACUACCAUUCCCACAAUCCCGACCACCCUGCGGUACCUCUACCUGGAGGCCAAUGAAAUACACGAGUUCAACUUGACCAGUUUCUGCAGAGAGGUGGGACCUCUGUCCUACUCCAGGAUGAAGAUCCUACGAUUGGAUGGAAACAAAAUGUCCUACCAACAGCUGCCAUCUGACUGGGUCUUCUGCCUGCGGGUGCUUGAAAGUAUUUACAUCUGACCCUGCCCAAAAUUAGGAUUACUGUAUGUGACUGGCCACCCUCAUCUAGUGAUACAAAGAAAAAAAAAUGAUUCAAGUUGAGAUUUUUGCUUUGAUAGCCAACUCUUCCUUUGUGAACUCAAAUAAUUCAGCCUUAAAUUUAGAGAACAGAGAAGAAGAAUUUAAUUCGUUAGGUCUUCAAUAUGUAGGCACACAGCCAGGCGCUGAAGGGAAAACUGACCUUCAAAAGAUGACAAAGCUUGAACACGUACAUGAACUAGUGUUAUUUUAUCGUAAUGCUAAAGGUUCUGAUCAAAACAUUUCUCAUACCAACAGUACCUUCCCAUGGGUUUCUCUCUCUCAUUCCAUCUUUUCCAAGUUCAGCCUCAGCGGGGUUCUACAUCUGUGUGUUAUUACUGAAUAGGAACUGUGACAAACCCUCUUAUUUCUGACUGUACAGAAUAUUGGGCUCUGGUUAAAGUGAGCUGUCUUAGGGCAAAGGGAAAUAUGUAUGAAUGGCACAAUUCAGUAACUUUCCCUUGAGAGAAUCUGACUGAGUUAGCUGGAUAGUGUAAAAAAGCCACACCAGUCCACUGCUGGAACCAGGUGAAGAAUGAAAAUGUUAUGACGCAACUGCUGAAAAUCUUCAAAUCUUUCUCAAAACAACUUUCAACAUUACAUUAUUAACAUUUAAUAUUCAACCUUGAUUUGUCAAGCUCUUUUCCAUGUUUUUAAAUUUGAAACUUUAUUCUUAAUAAUAAAGAAAGGUAGCAUUGAUAAAGUAUGCAAAAAGCAAACAGUAAACCAGUAAUCCAAAUGCAAAAUACGCAUACUAAAUACAGCAAGGAUGUGAUGGGAUAUGAUGCCUACUAUGGAAGACUCAAAAUGCUUAUAUAAAAACAAAUCAGACAAAG